AUUGAGGGAGUAUAAAUAUGUGUGUGUGUGCGUACAUUAUAUUCCAAUAAUAUAUCUUCAUCCCGUAUAUCGAUCAAAAAUCAAGCAGUCCCGCCAGUUGAAUCAAUGGCGAUGAAAAUGGUGGGAUUUUCGACACUCCGAGGUCUGGUUCUCCCGGGCAGAGAUCUUUUGUAUCAAUGGUGGAAGAUUCCGGCGGACAUUUGCCGUUCAUCUUCUUCCCUGGCUCUGCUCAAGACCGUUCUCUGGUCUCUCUUCAUGUGCAUUCUUGCUCUCGGCGGUGCGACGGUCGGGAUAGUGACCGGAGCUCUGAAGGGGCAGACGACGGAAACCGGGCUGUUCAGAGGGGCUGCCGUUGGUUCUGUAGCUGGAGCCAUCACUGCCGUCCAGCUGUUCGAGCUUAUGCUCAACGGAGAACCUUUUUCCAAGGUGGCACUUGUGUGUAGUCUUGUAGAUGGAAAGAUAUUUAUGGACUGGGUUUGCCCUGCAAUGCUCAAAGCUUACCAGUGGCAGGUUGAUGGAGUGGACACAAAUUUGAGGGAAAUAGCAGACAUAUUUGAUACUUCCACUCCAAGCAGAGGAUUAUCUUUUGACACCAUACAGAAACUGCCCAAGUACAGAGUUAAAUGUUGCAAUAAAAUGAGCACAAAUCUUGAAGACUUUUCUUGUCCCAUCUGCUUGCAGGAAUUUGAGAAUGGGGAGUAUGGGAGGGCCUUGCCAAGCUGCAAACACUCUUUCCACUUGCAAUGCAUAGACCAAUGGCUUAUCCGACAUGGGACUUGUCCCAUUUGCAGAAUGGACGUUUUUUAAUCACUUUCAUGUCUUGUUAUAACAAGACCCAUAUCUCACAUAUGGAGGCAAAAUAUGAUACAUGUUCCAAGUUUCAUCCCACCUUCCCCCCGAGUUUUCUCCGACGUUACGGGCCUUGUUUGUAGAUGUCGGUGAGAAAGUGUGGUAAAGUGUCUGUGG